AUGGCCUUCUUUAAAAAACCAUCGAAAUACUGGGCCUUUGACGCGAUUGCAGUACACUAUUACGACAACGACGUUUCCCGCAUUUUCGAUCGUAUCAAGAAAGAUCUUGAGCAACGUGCAAAAAUGGAAGAUUGUGAUGCUCAAAAGGCAAAAGAACUUUUGGAUUCAGAUUGGAAGGCACACACCUUAAGGACUGUUGAGAUUGUGCUAAUUAAUAAUAUCAAACUUUUUCUUCACAAGAAAUUAGUUACAGCCGUGAAGACACACGUCGCUGUUCACCAAAUUAGGAGCGAGGCUACUGUUUCCACCUUUGCUGAUGGGGCAGAAUCAAUGACAAAAGUUUGUAAAGCGAUUCUUGGUGAUGUCGAUGCCAUUGUGUCAGGAUCUGUUACUGUUUCUAAGGAUUAUGAAAAGAAUGGAGAGGUCUCUAUGAGUGAUAGUGCACCUGUUUAUAAUAACGAAACUGGCUUUUCUGAUUAUGAAGAAAAGGAUACCAACUUAGUUCGUAAAUGGAGUAAUGAUGGAGAAGCUACACCGACUAAACGAACGAAACUAAAUGAUGAUCUAUCAAUAAAUUCAGAUUUUACUUUGGGAUCAAUUGAGAGUACAAAUUAUGAUAUUGGUCUUUGGAAUUAUGAAGAAGGUACAGAAGUCGAUCCUGAUCUAUCUUUUCAAGAAACUGAUGAAUAUUUAACAAUACCAAUGUCUGAGCGACUCUUUAACGAAGAUACCUGGGGUCAAUGGAGGCUCAGUUCCGGAAAUAUUAUUACUGAUCUUUUGACAAAAUCUGCGAAAAAAAACGGACAUCCUCUCAGACCUGAAGUAUGGGGAAUCGUUCGUUGUGGUUUUAAAAUCGCAAAACCGGGAUGGUGUAGCACUGAUGAUUAUUCGGAAAUUCAAAGGUUCACAAGGCGAGCAACUAUUCUUAGUUGUCCACAUAUUAUAUCUAAACUUUUGAAAUUUAAAUCACUUGAAUCCUUAGGAAAAAGCAUAGAGGAAAUUCGGUUUUUAAAUAAUUUUAAUGAAAUUAUUAAGGAAGAUGCUAGAAAGCUUAUCUUAGAAGAGCUUAAAACAACCGACAUAAUGUUUCCUCUUCAAGAUCCUUCUGAAAAAUUUUUUAUUAAAAUCUUUCAAGCGGACAUCUUUCCAGAUAAUUCAAUAAUUCAACAACCAAAUGUAUCGGAAUCGGAUUAUGGAGGUUACAUGAUUCAUCCUUUUCUGAAAUGUACGCUUUUUGGCCUGGAAAAAAAUUUACAUUAUCACAUAGGAGAGAUAAUCUUGUCAUCAGUUAAAUCAUGUCGCGAAAGACGCAGGUGUAAUACCUUGUUUGAACAAAAAGCAGAUGGUGUAUUUCUUGUGCGGUUGAAAAAAACUUUCAUUGAAGUUGGACAUCUAGAAAUGAGCGGUGGAUAUGGGUACAAAGAUUUCUCACGGUCAACGUGGGAUGGUUGUUGCAAGUUGCCGAUUGGCAAUGCAUAUAUGCUAGAAGAGGUUGGGGAGCGAUUUCGAGGAGCUUCAUGUGAAACAUUUUCAAAAAUAAGUAAUCGGAUUGAACUGUGGAGAAUGUAUGUUCCAUCCUGUGGUAUUUUACAAUACGAACGAACUCAUAGGGCAAUAGUUACAAUUUGCUUCGAAGAAGAUCGAAAACGUAUUUUUGAUUUUGUUGUUGUCUUAUGGGAUCUUAGGUGCUGGUUACUGGAAGUAUCUGAACUUAUUUAUAAAUUACUUGAAGAACAUAACGAUUCGGACGUAAAUGUGUCCAAUCUUUCUUCUGGUAUUCUUCCACCACAUCCAUUUAACCCACAAAAAGAUAAACACAAAAAAGGUAUCAUAACUACUUAUGCAAAAAGUGAACCAGGCAGCUCUUUUAUUCGAUCUGAUAAAUAA